GGCCGUGCGCGGGGAUCAGGAUGCGGCCGGGGGGCGCGCUGCUCGCCCUGCUCGCCGGCCUGCUGCUGUCGCUGCUGCUGCGCCUGCUCUGGUGCUCCACCGACGCGCCCGCCCGCUCCAGGCUCUCGGUGGAGGAGAGCAGGGACGCCACCCGCGGCACCCCCGCCGCGCUGAGGUCGCUCCGGAGCCCGGCCACCCAGCUGCCGCGCCCCACGAACAGCACAUAUCUGAAUGAGAAGUCGCUCCGGCUGACGGAAACAUGCAAAAGUCUGCAACACGGCUUUGCGACUUUAUCUAGCAAAGUAAAAAGGUGUUUAGAGAGUGACUAUCUUCCGAUUAUCAGAAAUAUACAGAGCUGCCCAUGGAGACGACAAGAAGAAGAAUACGAGAAUUUUAGAGCAAAACUUGCCUCCUGUUGUGAUGCUGCCCAAAACUUCAUUGUUUCUCAGAAUAACACUCCAGCUGGGACCAACAUGAGUUACGAGGUGGAAAGCAAAAAUGAAAUCCUAAUUAGAGAGAACAUUUUUAACAUGUUUCCAGUGUCUCAGCCUUUUAUGGAGCACCCUUAUAAUCGGUGUGCCGUGGUUGGAAACGGGGGGAUUCUGAAUAAGUCUCUUUGUGGAGCCGAAAUAGACAAAUCCGACUUCGUUUUUAGGUGUAACCUCCCCCCAAUUACAGGAAAUGUUAGUAAAGACGUUGGCAGUAAAACCAAUGUUGUGACUGUAAAUCCCAGUAUCAUAAAACUAAAGUAUGGGAACUUAAAGAAAAAGAAAGAAAUGUUUCUGGAGGACAUUGCAACCUACGGAGACGCAUUCCUUCUUCUGCCGGCGUUUUCUUUCAGGGCCAACACCAUUGCCUCUUUUAAGGUAUAUAACACGCUCAGAGAGGCUCACGCAAGACAAAAGGUUCUCUUUUUCCAUCCCAAGUACCUGAGAAAUCUCGCCCUCUUCUGGAGAACUGAAGGUGUGACAGAGUUUCGCCUGUCCUCUGGCCUGAUGAUCACAAGUGUGGCCGUGGAACUGUGUGAGCACGUGAAGCUGUAUGGCUUUUGGCCCUUCUCUAGAACGGUAAAAGACACACCCGUCAGCCAUCACUACUACGACAACAACCUCCCUAAACGCGGUUUCCAUGAGAUGCCCAAAGAAUAUAGACAAAUUCUCCAACUUCACCUGAAGGGAAUCCUCAAACUGCAAUUUAGCAAAUGUGAAAUAGCCCAAGCAUAGUAUCUUAAGGUGGGGGUGGUUUUGAUACAACGCGGUGGGUGAGUGACAGUGUUUCCCCACAGGAAAAGCCGUGGCUGUAGGGAGAAGAGAAAGAGCCCUGAAACCUGGUUUGAUCAGAGCUCCCCGCUAAGCUUGUGUCCUCAGCAGCUCAUGAACUUGUUCGGAUUUGCAGUUUCCCUCCCUGUGAAAUGGGGACCGUGAUAAUCUAACUCGCUUCAGGCAAACGUGGUAAUCUGUGAAAACUCUUGGCAGAGGAUUUGGCCUGAUGAGGUAGGGACUCCCCGAAUUUUUCCUUGUUGGUAUCUAUCGUAGCCGUUUCCACUCUCACCAGACCGAUAAUAAAAGGCGGGUGGUCUUGAGGACCCUUCCUGGAGAGAACAGCUGUGAAAUGCCAGCGUUCGCUGGGGCUCUUUCCUCAGCACGCCUCUCUAUUAUGGGUCAUAUCCUUCUCGUCCUUCUUCCUGUCUUCGAAGAGUGCAUAUAAGGACUUACAGCAAACCCUUGAUUCUUCAGGAAUCAAAUCCUUCUCUUUGGGUGAUAAUGUGCCUGCUUCUGAUUACCUUCACGAAUUGUGUCGUUAGCUGCAACGGUGUGUUGGUUGGACUUAGGCCAAUGUUUUUCCUCCUUUGUCUACAUUUUGAAGUCACUCUUUAUAAUUUAUAUUAACUUCCUGACUUUACUCUUAAGCAUUUUCCUUUUCCACUGAGAACCUAUUUCAAGAGCAUGAGGAGUUACAGCUAUGAAUGAAGUACUGUGAGGAAACAGAGGUAGGAAUAAAUAAAUCUAUUUCGGUGGAAUCUGUUUCAGAGAAGAGGUCAUUUCUGAGUGAAGCCCUGAAAAUGAGUAAGGUGUUUACAAAUGAAGAAGAUUCCAAGUAGAGGGAAUGUGAUGGGGAAAAAAGCUGUCCCCUUGAUUCUGAUUCACGCAAAUGAGGAUAUUUGAAGGUAAAUCAUGGUCUUUGCCCCAAAAACUAUCACUUGAAGGGAGGUUAUAGUGCAUGGGAGUGAUGGCUUGGGCCCGCCUCUGUGAAAUGGCAGUAAUCGUGACCUGAUUGAUUUCAUAGGCAAGCUGUAAGGAUUAAAAUACACAAAAAUUUAAUUCUCACAAGGAAAGGUGUAUAUUCACAUGAGAAGUAAGACUAAUAAUUCAAACAUCAAAUAAAGCUUCAGUGAUAUCAAAUAUUGCCAUUUUUAUACCAGUCCCUUACAUGACGACGAUACCUGUUAACAUAGGUCAUCCCUGCAUCGGCUGCAUAAGUUAUUUGACUGAACUGAGUAGCUGUGUUUAUACUUUCCCCCGCUUGUCUUGCUUGUCUUUGUACCGUUGCAAGGAGGGCGGAAAUAGGAGUGGAGCAGACUGGCAGCAUGCUGAAUUAAUUACAAAUACAAUUCUGAAUUCUUAACCGUAGCCAGACUGCUGUUUUACUAAAGGUUCCCUUUUAAGAACACUCUGCUGUCAGCUGCUUAUUUUGGUAAAGUACCUCUUCCAUUUCAUUGUGGUUGACAUUGUUUUAUGCCAUUCUUUGUUCACAUUUUAUUGUUCUUCUGUAGCAGAUGAAACCUGUUGGCUCCAUAAA